GCUAUGCUGAGACGGCUGCGGACUGUUUCUUUUUUUUCUUUUUUUCUUUCUUUCUCUUUCUUUUUCUUUCUUUCUUUUUUUCCGCCUUAUCCCGUUUCUCAUUCUUUUUUUUUCUUUCUUUCUCUCACCUGCUUUCUGUCACACAGGACCCAUCAUCUCAUCCUACCAAGAUCCUCAUAAUGGGAGGGACAUUAAGGACCUCGCCGUAUAUGGAUUAAAGGUGCCUGCGAUGCCGAGAUCACCGUUCAAAAGCCACGUCCACCAUCGCUGAAAUCGAGUAGCCACUUAAGGCUCACUUGUAAGGGAGGGGAGACACUCAGGAUCAAAGCUCUUAAACAACAGAGAGUUAAAGAGGAAAAAGAGAGGAAAAAGUGUGUGUGUGUGUGUGAGAGAGAGAGAGAGAGAGAGAGAGAGAGAGAGAAAGAAAGAGAGAGUGCAGCAAAGAUUUGCCUAUCUUGCAAUUUCAGAGACCGUCAUCACAAUUUAAUAAGAAUCUGAAGUCGUCUUUAGUCAGUGUGUGUGUGAGCGAGCCAGCAGACUUACUGUAAAAUGAUUUUAUGAACAAGACGCUGCAGGAAAAAGGCUCCGAGGAGAGAAUUUAAAUUUUUACAACGGGGCCGUUUAAGGGGCCCUUUUCAUUUCAUGAUUAGAAGCAAGUUUGCCAUGUGAUGUCAAAUGGCACCGGAUGUACCCUUGUUCGUCCAAUGGAACUGUUGCGAGUUUUUGUUUCCUAAUGAUGAUGACGAUGAUGAAAUUUGCCUGAACUCGAUCACCUUGCAGGAUCGUCACCCUGUGAGUUACAAGGACAGCCUGGCUGAAAAAGAAACCCAAAACAGCUCGAAUAUUUUGUUCCUCAGUUCAGAGAGAACCCCUCAGGGUCCGACACCAUUCUCUUUACUCUCUACAUAAUUUCUACUCUUUAGAAAACAAAACCAAAAAAACCUCUAGUAACAAAUCAACAAAUAAAAUGGCUGCUGGAGUCGCAACAUGGUUACCUUUUGCUCGGGCAGCGGCAGUUGGCUGGCUUCCUCUGGCCAAAAAGACUAUGCCCAAACCCCCUGUUGAUAAAAAGAGCCGCAACGAUGAGAUCCUGAUAGUUAACGUGAGCGGGCUGCGCUUCCAGACAUGGAAAAACACCCUGGACCGUUAUCCUGACACCUUGCUGGGAAGCUCUGAAAAGGAAUUCUUCUUUAAUGAAGACACUCAGGAAUAUUUCUUUGAUAGGGACCCGGAGAUGUUUCGGCACGUCCUGAACUUCUACCGCACAGGCAAGCUGCACUACCCACGGCAGGAGUGCAUCCAAGCUUUCGACGAGGAGCUGGCUUUCUACGGCAUUGUCCCGGACAUCAUCGGGGACUGCUGUAUGGAAGAGUACCGUGACCGCAAAAAGGAAAAUCAGGAGAGGCUGGCAGUGGACACGGAGGCAGAGAUGGCGACAGACCAACCCUUACCUCCAAACAGCACACCUCGUGAGCGCUUGUGGAGAGCUUUCGAGAAUCCGCACACCAGCACGAUGGCUCUGGUGUUCUACUACGUCACAGGAUUCUUCAUUGCCGUUUCAGUUAUUGCUAACGUAGUGGAGACUGUGCCGUGCCGAGCACCCAAAGGCAGCCAAAAGGACUUGCCUUGUGGUGAGAAGUACUCUGUGGCAUUCUUCUGCAUGGAUACGGCAUGCGUGCUCAUUUUCACAUUCGAGUACCUGAUGAGGUUAUUCGCCGCCCCCAGCCGCUGCAAGUUCAUGCGCUCGGUGAUGAGCGUCAUUGAUGUUGUGGCCAUCAUGCCCUACUACAUUGGCUUGGUCAUGCCUGAGAAUGAGGAUGUGAGCGGUGCUUUUGUCACGCUUCGUGUCUUUCGGGUCUUCCGCAUCUUUAAGUUCUCGCGCCACUCACAGGGCUUGCGCAUCCUUGGCUACACGUUAAAGAGCUGUGCCUCUGAGCUUGGCUUCCUCCUCUUCUCCCUCACCAUGGCCAUCAUUAUCUUCGCCACAGUUAUGUUCUAUGCAGAGAAAGGCACCAAGGAAACCAACUUCACCAGCAUUCCAGCGUCCUUCUGGUACACCAUUGUCACUAUGACAACGCUGGGAUAUGGAGACAUGGUUCCUAACACCAUCGCCGGCAAAAUCUUUGGCUCCAUCUGCUCUCUGAGUGGCGUCCUGGUGAUCGCACUUCCUGUUCCUGUCAUAGUGUCCAACUUCAGUCGCAUCUACCAUCAGAACCAGAGAGCUGACAAGAUGCGAGCCCAGCAGAAAGUGCGUCUGGCCAGGAUUCGCUUGGCUAAGAAAGGAAUCACUAAUGCAUUCCUGCAGUACAAAGAUGAAGGGGGACUACAGGAGUAUGACGGCGACAGUGGCGCUCUGUGUCUGAAGAACAGGUCGUCCUUCGAGCACCAGCACCACCAUCUGUUACACUGUCUGGAGAAGACCACGAACCACGAGUUUACUGAUGAGCUGACCUACAGCGAGAUGUGUAUGGCAGAGUCGGUGGGCUUCCGUACCAGCCGCAGCACAUCGAUCUCCAGCCAACAAGGCGUCUCGACCUCUUGCUGUCCUCGCCGGGCCAAGAGGAGAGCAAUUCGCCUGGCUAACUCCACUGUAUCAGUGAGCCGUGGCAGCAUCCAAGAGCUAGAUACCCUGCAUGUGCACAAGAGCCCGUCUGGUCCUCAGAGUCGAUCGAGCCUCAAUGCCAGGACAGAAGACCUGAAGUUAAACUGUGAAGAGCGAGACUUCACGGCAGCCAUCAUUAGCAUCCCGACUCCUCCAGCCAACACGCCUGACGAAAGCCUGCCAUCGUCGCCUGCUAUCCCAGGCAUCCUGCGAAACUCCCGCUGCUCCUUCAGUCAUGAGGUUGUCAAGAUCUCGUCCUUAUAACAAAACCACCUCCAAGCACAGAGCUUUCCUCCAAUGCACAAACAGGAAGGAGGGAGCUUUUCAUGUCAGACUUGACUGUAUCACCAAAAUAUCAUCCAAAAAUACAACGAAUUUGACAAAGGCACCCAGCUACAGCUUCAUCCCAAAUUGAAAGCUCCCUCAAGGUUCUGUGAGGAAAAAAAUCAGCAGGAACUAAGACGUGAACCGAAGAGGGUUUAAUUACAGCCUUUUUUGGAGGACUGUUUGCUGGGCAUUUAUGAAAUUAUGUUUCUUUCACAGAUCUGCAUUGGGUAUUCUUCCUUUCUUGGGAAAAAAACAGGAAGUGAGAAAAGACUCACUUUUUUUUUUUUUUUUUGAUGAUGAUGAUGAUGAAAAAAUAUUGGAUAUCAUGGAUGAUGUAGUGUGUGCAAUCACAGGGCCAGUAUUAAGAGUAUGAAGACAGAACUAUAUUCCUAUAUAGAUAUAUCUUUAGAGAGGAGGACAUACAAAUACUGUAU